AUGGCAUCGACAAGCGACAAAAGGCCACAAAUUGGCUCAGCAACAUCAGAUGCGAGCUCGACAAAAGUGGUGACUAUUCAAGCAGAGCCAGAAGAGAUCUCCCCUACUGUUGUGGCUCGUGAGAGUACCAAAGUCCAUCGUGCAAGCUUAAGUGGGAGGAAGUUGACUGGUCGCCCACCCUUCUCUACAAAUCCUUCCACUCACUCGUUAAGCCGCCAAAUUUCUAGUCUAAGGCUUGAUCAGAUGCAAGGAACAUCGGCGGAUGUGCCACUACCAACGGAAGACGCAGAAAGUUUGCUAUCUCAGGUGGCAAGCUGGUUGCAAGAUGAAAAGGCUAAACAAGUCAGCAGAAGACUCAAGCAAGAGGAGACCACUUCAUCAGAGGAUGUCAGUAAGACCCAGGACGGAGGUGCUGGUUAUCGACCUAGGAGUACUUCACAAGCUUCAGAGGGUGCCCUCGCUCUUGAUAAGCUCGAACGCAUACUUGCAGGGUAUGCCGCCACAGCAACUAAAGAGGGCGUUCCUGGCCACACAAGCAGUCAACGCACUCCAUUUGCAGCGUUACGAAAAAGCUCAAUUGCUAGGAGGCUGAAGCCAAAUUCAAUGAGCAUUGCAUCGGAUGCCGAGCAGAAUGGAGAACUGCUGGUUCCGAACGUUGAAGCUACACUCGAUAAUUCGAAGGCCAUGGCAUAUACAGGCGGCAAGGCAGAUGGUAGCGAUGAUCCGACUAGUAGUCCAAAAGACAAGGAAAACUGGACCAGUUUCAAGUGUGAGAUUGUACGGCUUACCCACACUCUCAAGCUCAAGCGGUGGAAGCGGGUGCCCAUUGAGAACGGAGGCGACAUCUUAGUGGAGAGACUGAGUGGAGCACUGACUAAUGCUGUAUAUGUGGUGUCUCCUCCGGAGACAAUGCCAGAAGCCUCUGCGACAACUGAGAGCGGUACAUCUCUCACAACCAAGAAGCCUCCACCUAAACUGCUGCUGCGAAUAUAUGGACCUCAGGUGGAGCAUCUAAUUGAUCGCGAGGCAGAACUUGCCAUUCUUCGGCGACUUUCCCGAAAGAGUAUUGGACCACGUCUGCUUGGCACCUUUACGAAUGGUCGAUUCGAAGAGUUCUUGUAUGCUCGCACUCUCACCCCCGAGGAUAUGCGCGUUCCGGAGACAUCGAAGCAGAUUGCUAAACGAAUGAGGGAGCUACAUGAUGGCAUUGAUCUACUUGAAGAAGAGAGGGAUAGUGGACCUUUCGUGUGGGUGAACUGGGACAAAUGGGUCGAUCGUUGUGAACAAGUCAUUACCUGGGUCGACAAGCAGAUUUUGUCUCAAAGCCAGGAUCAGCCUGUCUCCAAAUCGAAGCCAUGGAGGUCGAGAGGCCUUGUCUGCGGAGUGGAGUGGCCUUUUUUCAGGAAGACUGUCGACAAGUAUCGUAAGUACAUAAUAGAGAGGCACGGCGGCAAGAAAGGCAUCAAGGAACAACUGGUCUUCGCACACAACGAUACGCAAUAUGGGAAUCUGUUGCGACUGCGGCCGUCUGGCGAAUCUCCAUUACUGCAUCCCGAGAAUGAGCAUAAACAGCUCGUUGUCAUUGAUUUCGAGUAUGCUAGUGCCAACCUCCCAGGCUUCGAAUUUGCCAACCACUUCACAGAGUGGUGCUACAACUACCACCAUCCGGAACGACCUUGGUCAGUCAAUCCGGCUUACUAUCCCACCCUAGAGGAGCAGCAUCGAUUCGUUCAAGCCUACGUGCAACACCGGCCGGUGUUCAGUAUGGAAGGUUCCUUGACCAGCACACCAAAGCUCAGCGCACCUUCACCAAGCGUGAAUCCGGUUUCGUCCUUCAUGCUUGACUCACGUGCACCAGCGGGAUCGGCCCCUAAUUAUCAGGCAGAGGAGAGAGCCAGAGAGAAAGUGUUGGAAGGGCAGAUCGAGGCUCUGAUUCGAGAUGCGAAACUAUGGCGAGGCAUGUGCAGUGCUCACUGGGUCGCUUGGGGCAUUGUACAAGCCAAGGUUCCCGAUAUGGGGCAACCCCAGCCACAGAAGAGCAAGACUGAUAGACUCAUUGGAAAAGUCCGAGCACACUUAAAGCCCCAGUCAGAUCCACUGGGUGCGGAGGUCCUGGCCAAACAGAAGGAAUCGAAAACGGAUCGACCUGAGGGCCGCGAGAUCGAGGAGUCGCAUAGGGAGGGGGAUGACGAGGAAGGGGAGGGAGGGAGUGAGGAGUUCGACUAUUUGGCCUAUGCUCAGGAUAGAGCACUGUUCUUCUGGGGUGACUGUUUGCAGCUGGGUUUGGUCAAGAAGGAAGAGCUGCCUGAAGACUUGUUAGCCAAAGUGAAGAUGUUGACAUACUGA